CAAAACAUCUUGAAAUUUUUGCUGAAAUUCUUGCUGGUUCAAGAGAAAGUAGAGAAUUUACGAGUCAGGCUCAACCAGCAACUAGUACAGCACCAACUCAUCCUAUUUGGAGUACUUCGAAUCAACCUGAAG